AUGAGAGAAAAGUUGUAUGUGUGGUGUAGUGUGACUUUGAUGAAUACGUGGACACACACCACACACGUCGCUACUCGCUGGAUCCUGCUCGGGUAGUCGGGUGUAUGGCGUGAUCGGGACUGCAAAGAUCAAAGGGGCCGACCGAGAGUGGCCCUACUAGUUGGAGCGACAUUUCAUUAGUAUUUCGAUUUUGUCAAAUACCCAACUGCAAAUUUCGAUGGCAGAAAGACUGCAGAUUGCCCACGGGAACUGAUAUAUCGCGCGGUGCCGGCAGAACAUCAACAGAAAUAUUGUAAAAAUAAGGCUUGAUAACGUAUGUUUAGACAGCAGAUUGACGGCAGAAACCAAGCAGAAUAUACUGGCAUAAUUUGUCGACAGAUUGGUAGCGAGCUCUGUUGUUUGCUGACGAUUUAUAUCGCAACGAUCUCGCUAGAUGUGAGAAGAAAACCACACGCGGUAUUAUAAAUCAACACAGCCACGUGAGGUUCUUUGAUCAUCUUUCUGGUACCGAAGUGAACUUUCUUGUCUACGAGCGUGUAGAAAUCUUGCGGGGGAACCUUACUACUUAUUGCUGCCUAUUAGUUUUACGCAUUUUUAUAAUAAAAGGGAUGAAAACGGAAGAAAUAGAGAGCAGCGACGCUGCCCAGUUUCUAUUGCCAAUCCGCCGUCAAACUGCGCCGCGCAGAUCGGUUGCUGUCGACAAUCCGUUAACAGCGUAUGUUUUAUAGGCUCCGUUGCCGAAACAAAGGCCAAGUGCGGACGCAGAUAACUAUGGUCUUGGUGUGGGUUUCUGAUCGAGUCUGCUGCCAAUCUGAUAAAACAUUUUGCUGACUGGGACGUUCUUACUGGACACCCUGUAUACUACGUGCGCACGUAAAUAGAGCUGUCGACGGUGUCUGUCGCGCGUGGCACGAGCAGCAGCGCCGACCGAACACGCUUGGACCGCGCGAAGCAGAGGAGGAAGCGCGUGACGGCUACGAUCGUCCACGACACGCUACGCGCGGAUGUUCGCGCUAUGAUGGCCCCGCGCGUCGACGCGCCGGACUCGGUCUCGCGGGGCGAGCGACGGUAACGGUCGGCCGGCCGGUCAGACAAUGAAGACCGAGGUGUCCUGGAAGCGGCGGUUCCUGCGACGCAGGCUCAAGUACGCGCUGGCGUGCGUCUUCGUGGUCGCCGUAAUAUUCGUGCUCCACCAGCUGUUCUACUUCAAGGAGCUGAACCGGGCGACCGUGGGCAAGCUGAUCGCCGGUUCGGCGCGGGACGCGCACCGCGUGGUCGUCGGCGGACGUGCGGACAAGUGGAACGAGCCGUACCACUCCAAGCUCGUACGCGACACCAACGGCCGGACGGUGUCGUUGCGCGGCACGCGGGAUCAGGACAUCGCCAGGUACCUGCCCAACGUCAACGGGAAAUUCGUGUGCUUCGCCUCGAGGAGGGAGAUCGACUUUGUCAAGGUCAACGACGAUUAUUGCGAUUGUCCGGCGGACGGUAGCGACGAGCCGGGCACCAGCGCCUGUGGCAAAGGUUUCUUCUAUUGUGAGAAGAGCUCGAGAAAGUCAGCAGCGAGAAUACCGUCUUACAAGGUCAACGAUGGUUACUGCGAUUGUUGCGACGGUUCCGAUGAGUGGACUGAAGUUGCGGUGUUAUAUGAACUCAGCAAGUCAGGAGUAACUUUUCAUGGACCUAAAUGCACAAACAAAUGUUAGGUGAAAAGAGUGAGCUGUAAUUUAAGUCGAAAGGGAAGCGCUCCUUGCAUGAAUUUCUACAUUGUGACCUUGCCAUGCCGAUUAAAAUAAUUUUAUUAGUCAUAAAAAAAUAA